AUGAAGAUGCCAUCAAAUGAAGUUAAACUUAGGAAAUUCCAAGGCAUCGGCCACCACCUCACCGGCAUCGUCAGAGGUUUCACGCAGUACAUCAGAACCAUUCCAAUUGCAAGCCAUUUAGCAUUGAUUUUGGUAUUCUUAUAUUUGUUGUAUCAUUUUCUGAUAAAACCUCAUUCGUAUUGGAAAGAAAAAGGUGUGAAAAAUGUUAAACCUGUACCAAUUUUCGGCAAUGUGUUUGUAAAUAUCGCGCAGAAAAAGUCGAUUGCUGAAAUGACGAAAACAAUGUACGAUGCUUUUAGGAAUGAGAGGUAUUCAGGAAUGUAUCAAUUAUUGAAGCCUGUAUUGAUCAUUCACGAUCCAGAGUUAAUUAAAACUGUUACAAUAAAAGAUUUCGAUCAUUUCACCGAUCAUUCGACUGGUUCUCAUGAAGAUGUGGAUCCGUUAUGGGGCAGAAACUUAUUUGCUAUGGUUGGUGAAUCCUGGCGGGAUAUGAGGAAUACUUUGAGUCCUGCAUUUACGAGCAGCAAAAUGCGGACCAUGUUUACUUUAAUCAACGAGUGCGCAGAGAAUUUCUCUAAAUAUUACCUGAAGGAAAAUCAAGACGUUAUUAAAUUAGAAAUGAAAGAUACAUACACGAGAGCUACGAACGAUAUUAUUGCAAGUUGCGCGUUUGGUAUUAAAUGCGAUUCGUUGGAGUAUCCGGAAAAUACGUUUUACACGAUAGCUAAAAAGGCCUUCAACUUUUCCGGACUUCGACAAAAUCUGUUUCUGCUGUACAGCACAUUUCCAAAAUUAAUGAAGUUUUUCGGAUGGAAAUUGUUCUCCGAUGAGAUGAGCGAAUUCUUCAGAGGAGUUAUAAACGAGACCAUCAGAAUUCGAGAAGAAAAAUCUAUCGUCAGGCCAGACAUGAUUCAUUUAUUAUUGGAAGCACAGAAAGGAUCAUUAAAGGAAGAAUCGAAUAAUACAAUCGCUGAUUCAUUCGCUUCGACACAUGAAUUCAAUUUAGGGAAACAAAAAAGCAAACUAGUUCAAUUCACCAAUGAGGAUAUCACAGCUCAGGCUCUAAUAUUUUUCUUAGGCGGAUUCGAUACAACUUCAUACCUAAUGUGCUUCUUAUCAUAUGAAUUAGCAGUAAAUCCUGAAAUUCAAGAAAAAUUAAGGAAUGAAAUUUCAGCGACUUGGGAGGAAUGCCAAGGAAAUUUGACAUAUGAAGCUUUGAAUGGAAUGAAGUAUUUGGAUAUGGUUAUUUGCGAGGUGUUGAGGAAAUGGCCACCAUUCCCAAUUAUGGAUAGGAUUUGCACUAAAGAUUACACAAUUAAAGCGAUAAGACCAGAGGAGAAAGAUUACAACGUAAAGAAAAAUGAUAUAAUAAUAAUACCGAUAUUUGGGAUUCAUAGAGAUCCAGAAUAUUAUCCAAAUCCUGAAAAGUUUGACCCGGAGCGUUUCGCUCCUGAAAAUCGAGUAAAACUGAAUUCCUCUACUUACUUUCCAUUCGGUUCAGGUCCAAGAAACUGCAUAGGAUCCAGAUUUGCAAUUUUGGAAAAUAAAACUAUUAUGUUCCACAUGAUCAGAAAUUUUCAGGUGGUGCCAACUGAGAAAACCACAAUUCCCAUGGUGAUUAGCAAGAAACAAUUUAUCAUUUCUUCGCAGCAUGGAUUUUGGCUGGGGCUGAAAAAAAUUGUCAAUUAAGUAAUA